AGGAGAUUUAAAUUACAUCAUUUGUAUGAUUCCUGUAGUACUGGGUAUUACAGUCUGAUUUAUAUUUUAUGAACUUUCAACUGGAGUCUCUUAACUGGAGCCUCUCAGAUAUCAACAAGUCUUUUAAAAGAAUGGGAAAUAAAAGUAGUUGCUGCGUUUAUUCUAGUCCUCAAGUUGGACGUAAGGAAUUAGGAUCUGAAGGUGUUACUCAUGGACUUGAAGAACAUCUACCUGAAGGUGGAAUUAGUGUUAAUAAUUUACAACAUAUUAGUGAACGUGAACCUGAAGACUGGGAUUCUGAUCCAUCAUUACACCCCUGUGCCGGUACUAUUUUUAUGGAACGAUCUAAACAAGCUAUUGAAAAUGGUAUGGUGAGAAAAAAAAGUCAACACCAAAUUGCAGAUGUAAGGCCUUUAAAAAAAAGUAGCAGUUGCAGUACAAUAUAUUUAGAUGAUAGUACUGUUUCACAACCAAAUCCUAAAAAUACUGUAAAAUGCGUUGCCUUAGCUGUUUAUUACCACAUUAAAAACAGAACUUCACAGCGACAAAUUGAUAUAUUUGAUGAGAAACUCCAUCCUUUAACGAGGGAAGGUGUUACAGAAGAUUAUGAUAAACAGAAUCCAGAACAUAAACAAAUUUAUAAAUUUGUCAGGACAUUGUUUAAUGCUGCUCAACUUACAGCAGAAUGUGCCAUCAUAACAUUAGUUUAUUUAGAACGCCUGCUUACUUAUGCUGAAAUAGAUAUCACACCAGCCAAUUGGAAACGAAUAGUACUUGGAGCUAUUUUAUUAGCAUCAAAAGUUUGGGAUGAUCAAGCAGUAUGGAAUAUAGAUUAUUGUCAAAUUCUUAAAGAUAUUACAGUAGAAGAUAUGAAUGAAUUAGAAAGACAAUUUUUGGAAAUGCUACAGUUCAAUAUAAAUGUUCCUUCAAGCGUAUAUGCUAAAUAUUAUUUUGAUCUUCGCACACUUGCAGAAGCAAAUGAAUUAACAUUCCCUAGUGAACCACUCAGUAAAGAGAAAGCUCAGAAAUUGGAAGCUAUGUCCAGAGUUUAUGAAGAUAAAGUUACUGCUGAAGCUUUACGUACUGGUAUUAAAAGAUGGUCAAGUUUAGACAACAUAUGCAUAGGUGGACCUAGACGUAGUAUUGCCAUUCUAUCCUAA